AUGGACAACCAGCAGGAGGAGAACAUGGACGACUCGUCCAUAAAGCCAGUGUCUUCCCUCCGCGCCCAGUUCGAGAACCUCCUCAGCACAAACAAACCCGCCGCGCCUGCCACUCCGCGACAACGCUCUCCCGGCCCCAAUGAUCGCCUUGCUAUGCCCGAGGACAACAGGAGGACGGAUGGGCGCAUUUCCUUGGACAUGCCCAGAGACUAUGCUGAGAGACCCUCGCCCAGUGUGGCCGACUACAGUGGGAGCGGGACAGUGACGCCGCGCUCCAAUACCCUCGGACGGUCGCUCUGGGGCAAUACAAAGCAGAGACCAACGUCGAUGAUGGCCUUUUCUCCGCCCAGGUCACCAACAAGGUCCCCACCAAAGGUUACGGUCCAGUCACCAAGAUCACCGCCCAAGUCCUCCGCUUCUCCCAUACUCUCGCCGCAGCCCGAGCGACCUGCCCAGCACGCCGCGCUGGAUUCGCCCUCAGCAGUGUCUGCCGGAAAGAGAUUCUUCAAAAUGCCCAGUCGCAAUGGCACCCCCGCUACGGACGCGAAACCUACAUUUCCAGCCCACACAGGCAACGGCCCCGCCAAUGACCCGCGAAAGGGUGAUCGACCGGUAUCCUCUGCGCCUCCCGUACCGCCGCCUGUGAACCGAGCGGGUAAACCAAAGAUACCACCAAAGUCGAUUUCUGUGGAUUUACCAGCUCGUACAGGCCUGGCGCCCGAAGCCACAUCAGACACUGCAGAUAUUUCUCCAUUCAGUACACCACCUAGCAGUAGUGGAGAGAGCGUGAAAGGCGAGUCUUCUCCGCCAGUCAUCCCAGGCUUCUCGAAACCAAAGAUGACUGGAGGCAACAAUGGUUACUUCGCAGCUGCUCCCGCAUCUAAAGCAGUCGCCGAGAACCACCCAUUCGCGGACCCCCGGCCAGUAGGAAAGCAGGCCUCGAAAACGAUGCCGCCACCAUCACCGUCUGACAUGCCGGAAGACCGCCCAUCGUUACCUACGCGACGAGAGAAGGACAAUUUCGAUCUGCGGAAGAGUGUACAACUACAAAGAGCACCUCCUCCUGAUUUGCCAGUCCGACGAUCUUUUGAUCAAACCCGUCCUGGGCAAAUGGUGCAAGAAGCGAACAACAAGUUCAUGCCGCCCCCUCGGCGGACCAACACAACUGGUGCCAUAUCCGCUAGUCCCGGAAAAGCGUUAGAACCUCCGAAACCACCGCCUCCACGGAACUCGGGGGAAAUGAGAAGACCGUCACAGCCGAUUACUGCGCAGGCAUCGCAGCUAUCACAGCCGUAUACUUAUGACUCGGAUGAAGAAGAUACGGGCGCAGACAAGCAACCGACGACUGCUUUAACAGACUACCCAGACUCCUCACAAGCGAACCGGAGACCACCAGUGUUCCCAGACGGUAUAGCCGGUAUCCCCACCGGCUACGAGACCAAGCUCUUUGCGAUUUGUGGCGAUUACAUAUGUACAACCGGAUACGUGACGAAUGUAUGGAACGUUCUGAACGGGCGACUGCUCAUGAGCUUAGCUCAUGGCGAUACAGUCAAAGCCACAGCGAUUGCAUUCAGACCAGCGAAAGAUGUGGAAGAUGAAGGCAAGCGAUUAUGGCUAGGAACGAACACAGGCGAAAUGCAUGAGAUUGACAUCCCCACGCAAAGUGUAGUGCACACUAAGAGUAACGCACACGCUAGGAGUGUCAUCGUUAAGAUCUUCCGCUAUGCUGCAGAAAUGUGGUCUCUUGACGAGGACGGCGUACUACACAUCUGGCCAGCUGACGAGUUUGGAUGCCCGUCCCUACAGCAAACUCCACUUACUUACCGUAUCCCCCGUGGAAGCACCUUUUCUAUCAUCUCAGGCUCGCAAUUAUGGGUAGCCACAACGAAAGACAUCCGCGUCUACGCCCGCACGUCGGAUAACAACCAUUUCCAGCAAUUAACCCAGGGUUCGUUAUCUCAGCUCAAUAUCGGAGACGUAACCUCCGGUGCUAUCAUCAGCAGUCAGCCCGACCGCAUGUACUUCGGACACGCAGACGGGAAAGUUACAAUAUACUCCAAGAAGAGCUUCGAAUGUCUUGGAAUCGUGAAUGUCAGUGUGUACAAGAUCAGUUCCCUGGUCGGUGUUGGUGACGUCCUUUGGGCUGGCUACAGUACCGGAAUGAUAUACGUGUACGACACCAAGUCGACACCCUGGAAGGUGUUGAAGGAUUGGAAGGCACACGACAAGCCGAUAGCGGGCAUCUUGGCGGAUCGUACGAGCAUCUGGAAACUCGACAGGUUCCAGGUUGCGUCCCUUGGCACAGACACAAUGCUGCGCGUCUGGGAUGGCAUGAUGAAGGACGAUUGGCUGGAAAAUCUAAUGCAACAACGUGAUGGGGAGUACUGCGAAUUCAGAGAACUCUCGGCGCGAGUCAUGACAUGGAACGCCGGCGCAGUCAAACCCGCAAAUAUACGUAAUACCGAGCAAGAUCGCAACUUCUUCCGGGAAAUACUCGAACCCGAGAAUCCGCCUGAUAUCCUUGUGUUUGGCUUCCAGGAAUUGGUCGAUCUGGAAGACAAGAAGAUCACGGCCAAGAGUAUCUUCAAAAGAAAGAAGCACAAAGAGACAUCAGAGAGCGAGCACAUGUCACACCAAUAUCGAGCGUGGCGAGACCAUCUUGUUCGCGUCCUGGACGAGUACAGUCCCAAACAGAACUACGUACUUCUGCAUACGGCCAACCUCGUCGGUCUGUUCACCUGUGUGUUUGUAAAGGCUUCGGAACGGGCCAACAUCCGCGACGUAUGCGCAGCUGAAAUCAAGCUUGGCUUCAGCGGCCGUGUUGGCAACAAGGGUGCACUAGUUGUGCGCUUCUUCAUCGACGAUUCAUCCCUGUGCUUUAUCAACUGCCAUCUUGCGGCUGGUCAGACCCAAACAGUACAUCGCAACAACGACGCAGCCGCAAUCAUGGAGAACGCACCAUUACCAAAGAACCGCUCCCCAACUUCAUGCGCAAACUACUUUGUUGGAGGUGGUGAUGGUUCCAUGAUUCUGGAUCACGAGAUCUGUAUCUUGAACGGCGAUCUGAAUUACCGCAUCGACGCGAUGCCUCGCAACACUGUUGUUGCUGCUGUGCAGCAAGGCAACUUGGCGAAACUUCUCGAACGUGAUCAGCUGCUUCUGUCCCGCAAGCGCAAUCCUGGCUUCCGUUUGCGGGCGUUCACUGAGAUGCCGAUCAACUUUGCUCCGACUUACAAGUAUGACGUGGGGACCGACAACUACGAUACUUCUGAGAAGCAGCGAUCACCUGCAUGGUGUGAUCGGCUGUUGUACCGCGGCUUGGGUAGGAUCAAGCAGUUGGAAUACAGGCGACACGACACCAUCAAAGUCUCGGAUCACCGUCCUGUCAGCGGAAAAUUCAAGCUGCGUGUCAAGACGAUUAAUUCGAAGAGGCAGGAUGCGACAAGAGACAAAGCUGAAGUUGAGUUCGAGGCUGUGCGCAGGCGGAUAGCAGGAGACAUCAAGUGA